CAUUGCUUUUUCUUCAGCACCAGGGCUCUGGACAGCGCCCUGGGAGGGCUGCUGUUUGCAUGCCCCUUCCUCUCUAAAGCCAAGCAGCCCUGCUAUUGCCCCUCUAGUCCCCCUACUGCAGAGAAAGAAAAUUACACCGGGAUCCAUGCAGCCAGCAAUGAUGAUGUUUUCCAGUAAAUACUGGGCAAGGAGAGGGUUUUCCUUGGAUUCUGCGGUGCCGGAAGAGCAUCAGCUACUUGGCAACUUAACACUCAAUAAAGCUAACUCUGGCAGAAAUGAUGAUAAAAAAGGCAACAAGGGAAGCAGCAAAAGUGAAACUGCUACUGAAAGUGGCAAGACAGCAGUUGUAUUCUCCUUGAAAAAUGAAGUUGGUGGAUUGGUAAAAGCGCUGAAGCUCUUUCAGGAAAAACAUGUUAACAUGGUUCAUAUCGAGUCCAGGAAAUCCCGGCGAAGAAGUUCGGAGGUAGAAAUCUUUGUGGAUUGUGAAUGUGGCAAAACAGAAUUCAAUGAGCUCAUUCAGUUGCUGAAAUUUCAAACCACAAUUGUGACUCUGAACCCUCCGGAGAACAUUUGGACUGAGGAAGAAGAGCUAGAGGAUGUGCCCUGGUUCCCCCGGAAGAUCUCUGAGUUAGACAAAUGCUCUCACAGAGUCCUCAUGUAUGGCUCUGAGCUUGAUGCCGAUCACCCAGGAUUUAAGGACAAUGUCUAUCGACAGAGAAGAAAGUAUUUUGUGGAUGUGGCCAUGGGUUAUAAAUAUGGUCAGCCCAUCCCCAGGGUGGAGUAUACCGAGGAAGAAACGAAAACUUGGGGUGUUGUGUUCCGGGAGCUCUCCAAACUCUACCCCACGCACGCUUGCCGGGAGUAUUUGAAAAACUUCCCUCUGCUGACUAAAUACUGUGGCUACAGGGAGGACAAUGUACCUCAACUUGAAGAUGUGUCUGUGUUUCUGAAAGAAAGGUCUGGCUUCACGGUGAGGCCAGUGGCUGGAUAUCUGAGUCCGAGAGACUUCCUGGCAGGAUUGGCCUACAGAGUGUUCCACUGUACUCAGUACAUCCGGCAUGGGUCUGAUCCCCUCUACACCCCAGAACCGGACACAUGUCACGAACUCCUGGGACAUGUUCCACUACUUGCGGAUCCUAAAUUUGCUCAAUUUUCACAAGAAAUAGGCCUGGCCUCUCUGGGAGCAUCAGAUGAAGAUGUUCAGAAACUAGCCACAUGCUAUUUCUUCACAAUUGAGUUUGGCCUUUGUAAGCAAGAAGGGCAACUGCGGGCAUAUGGAGCAGGACUGCUUUCUUCCAUUGGAGAAUUAAAGCACGCUCUUUCUGACAAGGCAUGUGUGAAAGCCUUUGACCCAAAGACAACUUGCUUACAGGAAUGCCUUAUCACUACCUUCCAGGAAGCCUACUUUGUUUCAGAAAGUUUUGAAGAAGCUAAAGAAAAGAUGAGGGACUUUGCAAAGUCAAUUACUCGUCCCUUCUCAGUAUACUUCAAUCCCUACACUCAGAGUAUUGAAAUUCUGAAAGACACCAGGAGUAUUGAAAACGUGGUGCAGGACCUCCGCAGUGAUUUGAACACAGUGUGUGAUGCCUUGAACAAAAUGAACCAGUAUCUGGGGAUCUGAUACCUGGGAACAGUGUUGAUGCCAGCACAAUCUUUUUGGGGCUUAGCAGCAAUUCAGUCAAUGUCAUAGAACACCAAUAACUUUCUGUGCCCUGCCUUGGCUAGGAAGCAUGCAACUCUGUGUAUCUUGACCUAUGUAACUUACUGUGUUAAUAUGUGAAACCCCAUGACACAUCACUGCUCAUUGUAUGAAAGACUGUAACACAUUUCAAUGUUUUAAAUAGAUUUAACAUUUCUGCCCAGUGUCCUUAACCAAGCUGUAUCUAUUUAAAGUGUGUAACAAAUAGUACUCUUAUAAUUCUAGCUUAUGACCUUUUCUCUUCGAUCUGAGCCUUUCCUCUGUGUUCAUUAGAUAAAAUGAAAAUAGCAGUGAAGCUGUUUCUUUUUCCUGCAGUAUCAGUGUUUUCACAGCAUUUUUUGAGAUAAACCCAGAGUUGUAUGAAAUUUCACAUGAACAAAAGAUUCAGCAUUCUCUUUCAGAUAUUGAAAAUGUUGAACACAACAGUUGCAGUGGCUUUUAGGCUGAGACUUUAUACAAUGUAAGGAAAGAGAACUUUUAACAAGCAGAAUAUAUAGGUUCAUUGACCUUGCAUAAACUGAGUUGUGGCACACUUCUCAAAUUAUUUUGGAAGAAAUAACGUUUAGGAAGGACAUUAGAAAUGACUAAACCAUGGGGAAUAAAUCUCGGGACUAUGGAUUUUAUGCUGGAAUAAAGUGAAUUAUCUUUUGCAGGUGUUUAACCUGUUUCUUUUAGAGAACAACAAAAUCAAGAACUUUGACUUAAAAAGUGCAGAGAUUGAAUCUCAAGAGGUUAAGUGAUUUGCCAAAAGUAGCACAGUUAGCUGCACACCAACGUACAGCCCAUUGCACCUUGCUUUUCUGAAUUGCUGAGAAGCUCCAUGUGGUAUAUACAUGUAUUUAUGUGUAGUCAGAGAGGGGAAACUAACAAUUGUCAAAAGUAAUGUAUAACACUAAAUCAGCCUUGGUUUGUGCCCAAGGGUUGCCAACAAUGUGGAUGUCUCUUUCAUCAUCCCAAACAACACCAGAUUUCUAGGAUUUUGUCUCCUUAGUUUGGGUCAAUUUGGGAAAACAAUAGUGUUACACCAGAUUUCAACUUUUCUUUUGUGCCGUAAGAGGUGUAUUCAGGUAAUUAAAUGGACAAAUAAAAAUAUUGAAUGAAUUUCAUCUUCUGAUUGAAUUUCAUGAAUUUCAUCUUCUGAUUCCUUCACCAAAUGCUACCACUGGUCCUCUAAUUCUGCUCUGGUAGAAUACCGAAUGGAUGAAAGGGCAGAUGAGAAGUAGGGAAGAAAAUGA